AAAUCACGUCUUUCCCCAUUCUAUCCGUCAUCAAACAGUCAUGGCGGACUACCGAGAGGCGCCCUUGGCUAGCCGGCCAAAAACACUGGAUCCAAAUGAAUAUUUCAACCUUUCGCCAGAUGUCCGACGGGCCGAAGAGGACAGGGCCGCAUUACGAGCCAAUCUGAAGAGGCAGUACCAGACGCAACUUAAUAACCCGCACAGAAAAGAGCUCAUUGAAGACCCUGCCCUGACACGCUGGGUGUACGCACGCACCAACCCCUACACGUACUUCAAGCCCACAUACAAGACAUCUCUGCUCGGUGCAAUGUUUGGAGUUGUGCCUCUCUUCGUCCUCUACUACGUCUUCAAGACAGACAGGGAUAGGAAGGAGAAGCAGAUUAAAGCUGGAACCCUCGAGCGCAAGUUCAGUUUGUCAUCAUGAGCUCUGAUAUGUAAAGACCUCCUCUAUGUUCUAGUGAUGAUGUCAGUGCGUGUAAUUAUUAUCCAAAUAAAAUUAUAUUGUCAAAAACA